AUGCCAACAUUUUCUGACAAGCAGUAUAUAAAUGAGGACUACACCUUCAAGUACUAUCAGAUGAUUCCGGAUCUCUGCUACCGCAUAUAUUGCUCCUGUAAAUCUUUUUGUGAAAAAUUCUCAGAAUGUCUAUCAUUUGCCCCUAUACUCUCCAGAAUAUCUCAGACAAAGUCUCUUCAUUGA